UGUAAAUAACGAAUGCGAAUUUCCCGCAUCAACGAGACGCCAAUUACUUGACGAUGGAUCUGCAUCUCUCCGAUCAUGGCUGAAUUUUUUCAAAAUAUCGCAAUUUGGAAGGAAUCCUGGAUUAAUUUUAGCAUAAAGUCGCAUUCAGCUUGCUUCACAGAUUCUGAGAUGAGGUGAUAUCAUCAUGGCUAUCAAAGGAAAAGAUUUCAAGAAGGCAGUUUCCUUCAUCAAGGAGUUCCUGAUGAAGCUCCCAGAAGACCCGGAAUGUGCGGAGCUCCGGGACAACCUCAACCUGGCGCUCCUUCACAUGAAGAAAUACUUUAAGACUGUGUGGCUCCUGCAGGAGAAGGAGAGAAGUGGUGGAGAUAAGCUGGCCCAGUCCCUUCCGAGAGGGAGCGGCCCCUCCUCUCUGCACCAAGAUGAUCCCGACCGCUUCCAUUGGAAGUGGGUGAGCACGGACCGUACCAAUCAGUUGCGGGUGAGUCUGCCUUUGGAUGGGAAGGAGCUACCCAUGAUGCCUCUCAUUCUCCAGGCUACUAAGGAAGGAGACAAGGAGCUGGUGGAGCAGCUCAUUGAGAAGGAACCGAUGAGUGUGCAUGCCUCUGAUGACCUAGGUCGUAACGCUGUGAUGUACGCCGCUCACUAUGACAAACUAGACUGUUUGGAUGUCUUGCUCGCUGCACAUGCUGAUCCAAGUGCGAGAUCAGAAGAUACCUACACAGCCUGUCAUGUUGCAGUGCAUGGUGGGAACUGGGAGGCGUUAGAGAGGCUCUUAGCCCAUGAUGCUGAUCCUGAGAUACAAGACAACAUAGGAAGAGCACCUCUUCAUUGGGCUGCAUUACUCCCGGAGAUAGACUGUCUAGAUAUGCUAUUGAAGGCCGUUGUGAACAGAAGUCCCCGGGACCGUGACGGCCUGACACCAGCCAUGUGGGCGUGUCACGUUGACAAUAAGACGCACUUUGACCUCAUCACAGCAGGUCAGCAUAAGGUGGAAGAGCAUGAUGGGAUUGAACGAGACAUGAUGGAAAGGACGUGGAUUCAUUGGUCCGUGAAGAGAUCGGAAUCACUGGAAUGCUUGGAUAGUUUACUGAGUCCUGCUACGGCUGCUAUAAAAGACAAGGAAGGGAGGACAGCUAUCCACCUCGCUGCUUCAUUAGGUGCUCUUGAUGCAUGUCGAUUGAUCGUGUCAAAGGUCGGCCCUGACUGUUUAAAUGAGACUGACCAUCAGAAUAGGACAUGUCUUCAUCUCGCCACUGUAGGUGGACAUGGGGAGGUGGUCAACUUUCUUCUUGACCAUGGAGCCGAUGUCAACAGAUUAGAUAGCUCAGAAAAGACUGCGUGGGACUAUGCCGAGGAGAAGGACUUGCACUACUGUAAGUUGAUCAUUGACUCGUAUCACUCACCCAGAGAAAGAGCUCCUAGCAGAGGCAGGAAUCGACAUAAAGCAAAAGAGGAGAAUAAUAACUCAAUACAAAACUCAGGGAACAAUCCGUCCUCACAACCAAAUCGUCAACAACUCUCACCAGAUCAUGAGGGUAGGAUACCCUCCCCUCCCCACCAGCCCCGCCCCUUCAUCCAAGCACCACCCCCACCCAAGAGAGGGCAUAGUCCAAGACGCCCCUCACCAAGCAUACCAACGCACCCCUAUAUGGGAAUGGUACAGCCGGCACCCCAGACACAGUUAAAUGAAGAAUCACUGGAUGGGCCAGACCAUUGUGCGCAUGAAGGGGGGAGUGCUCCCUUGGAGAGUGACAUCGUUAUUAGUCCUGUGGACUCAGAACAAGGGGAGGUAGUGCAAUACAAACCACCAUCAGACAGGGAAUUUGUGCAAUCACAAGAGGGCGCUAUCAUUAAUAGUGACAUGCAGCCGUCUAGUCAGAUAGCCGCUGAGAAAGAAGGACAAGUGACGAGAGGGCCUCGUCUUCCACGAGGGCGGUCAGGGAGCGUGGUCAGCGACAUGAGUGAACAAAGCAUCAACUUUGGCAUGGAUGUUUCGGACAUCGAGGGCGAGGAAGGAACUAAGGAGGAAGGGAGGGUCAGUGAGAGGCUCAAAGAGCCUGUCGCAAGUCCUGGCUGGAUACCACACCCAUCAGGUCAAGUGGUAGUCAACCAGAAGCUUCCCAUGCCACCGCGCCCACCCAGUCCGGCUCUGGCCCCUUCCAGCGCACCCCACUCAUUAUCAUCACCUCCAUCUCCAUCUCAUGCCAUGCCGUCAUCCCCAUCUCCAUCAGCCCCACCCAUGCCUCAGAUUGCACCGUUCAAUAAAGCACCCCUUCAAGGGGCACAAUCUCCUCCUUUAACAACACCUCCUCAACAACAGCAACAGCCGCAGCAACAACAGAAGCAAAAGAAGCUGCCACCCCAACCGCUUGAAGCUUUAACAGCCAUCUCACCCCGUCGUCUCCUUCCCCUGGGUGAUCCCCUGGCUCCCCAACCCUUACCUCUGGCUCCUCAACCCUUACCCCUGGCCCUCCCAGAAGCAGGGUUAACCACAACAGGAGGGAAGGCGAAGAAGAAGAAGAAGAAGAAAGGUAGUGCUGGCGGAGGAAAAGAGGAAGGGUUAUCACUCACGGCUCCUCAUCAACCCAUCGCACCAAUCAGAUCGCCGACUAAUGCACCGGAACCGGAUUUUGCACUAAGGCCGCCUAGUCCAGGGUUCCUAUCCCCCGCAGGUCAUCCAUCAACCCCCAACAAUCAUCACCCCGCCCCCAACAACCAGCACUCACCCUCCCCCACUCCUACCCCACGCAACCUCAACCGCUCACCCCAACUACCCAUCAACCACCACCAACCCCACGCCUCCAAAGAAAUAGCCCAGGUGGCACCCCUUCAGCCUGGGGGCGGGAUGCCUAAGACGCAGCAGCAUCAGCAGCAGAACCGGAACGGGGCGUGGGAAGUGUCGUGGGAACCCAAACGGCCCAGUAUGCCUGCUCCUCCAGUCACACCUAGGGAUGGUAGAGGAGGAGGAGGGGAAGGAGGGGGGCUGCCGGCUCCAGGAUCGGGAUCCCUCCUACCGCAGGCCACACCACAGGGGGGCAUGCUGCUAGACAGGGGUAACUCUGGAGGUGGAGGAGGAGGAGGGGGAGGGGGGAAAUUGUCUCCGAGAGGUUCAUCGCCCCAGCCGGCCCAGAUCAGCCCAAGGGGUAAUCAGAACAAAUCUGGGAACCACAAUCAGGGUGGACUCACCGAACUGCAGAGACCUAGGACGCCUCAGAUGCCAGUCACUGCACGAUUCCCUGACACACGAGGGCGUACUCCCAGUUCGCUCCCUGCCCAUCCACCUCCAGGAAGGCCUUGAUGGUCAGACAUCUGACCUCUCCACGCUGCAUUGACAUCACUCCCAGUUCGCUCCCUGCCCACCCACCUUCAGGAAGGCCUUGAUGGUCAGACAUCUGAUCUCUCCAUGCUGGAUGGACAUCACUCCCAGUUCGCUCCCUGCCCAUCCACCUCCAGGAAGGCCUUGAUGGUCAGACAUCUGACCUCUCCAUGCUGCAUGGACAUCACUCCCUGCUCGCUCCCUGCCCAUCCACCUCCAGGAAGGCCUUGAUGGUCGGACAUCUGAUCUCUCCAUGCCGCGUGGACAUCACUUCAAAUUGGCAAUGCCGACUGCCACUUGUCCAGGGAUCACUUCUCCAAGUUUUCAUUAUUACACCAUGAUUACAGCACCAAGAGAUAUCAAAGUUGGUCCAGUUUGCUUCUAGCUGUUUGGAUUGAUUUCCCCGUGCACCAGUGUGAUAAAGCUUGAAUUGGACAAAGCAUGCAGAAACAAGUGACGACUCAGGAGUUAUGGUAUAUGGAUAUCUGCAGUGAAUCUAAUAUAAGACUUGCAGAGAAAAGACUGUGUCAAAAGCUGCGUGGUUAUAUUUUGUUUUCACCUGAAAUAUAAGUUGAGUGAGUGUGUACUUGUAGAAAUGCAGAGGGUUCUUGUUCAGAUAUGACGACGCAGGCAAUUUUUUUUUACCGAUGAGAUAUAUGUACCGGUAAUACACUUCACAUUUCUGUAUGUUAAAGGUAAUAAAAAGUUUUGGUAUGGGGUCAUGAAUUUGGUUCAAAUGAACAUAUUGGAAGC